AUGGCGAACAAGUUUGGAUUAGGUUCUUUAUUUUUAGAAACUAAAAAACCUAACACAACAGCGUGGAUAAAUAAAACCAAACCUUACUUCCUAGAUCAAAUCGGAGACACUCUUCAAGGUGAUUUAGAUAUGAACAAUUUCAAAGCAACCAAUUUAAAGUCUCCGGAAAACGAUAAUGACGCUGUUCACAAGAUAUAUUUACGGGAACAAAUAAAUUCAAUUGAAGUAAAUAAAAACCAUUCAGAAGAUAAAAUAAGUGAAAAUGAAGAUACGUUUCAACAGGAAUUAAAUGCUCUGAAAACUAAAAUUAAUAGUGAAUUACAAAAAGAACUAAGAAAUAUUAAACAACAAAUACGAAACAUAGAUGAUAGCGAAAUCAAAACCUAUAUUCAACAACAAAUACAAAAUAUUGAUGAUAGUGAAAUUAAAACCUAUAUUCAACAACAAAUACAAAAUAUUGAUGAUAGUGUUAUUCAACAACAGAUAACCACUAUUAAUAACCUAGUUUUAAAACAGGACAAAAAUAUAGUCGCAUUAGAAAAGUAUCUCAAGAAAGAAAAUAAAUCAUAUUAUUUCAAUCUUCCAUUUGGAAAUUUGGGACGGAAUCGUGGUUCUACUUCUAAUGAUAUUGAUAGAUCAAAAGACUAUGAAUAUAAAAAAUAUAGAUUUAAAGUAAAUAUAAGAGUAUUUUCUUCUAAUGUUCUUAGCCCCUAUAAUAUAUUUAAUAUUGAUGAUCCACCAGCUUUUACUUUUAAAGGAAAACUUUGA